UGUGCAUCCCUGUUGAUGUGUCCGUGCCUGAGCUUUAGUGGUUUGGUGCUGAAAGAACAGCUCCGUCGGAUGAAAAAAGCUGACGGCAGAGGCAGACACAGGAGCGUGAUAUAGGCUGGAUUUAACCGGUUAAGACUACUGUGCAGCUAAAUCGACACAGGAAUGUAUAUCAGAAUGUUGAAACUCAGACUCCUCAAUGCUGUCGCCCCCGCCUACUUCUUCAUUGCAACAAUAGUAACCUUUGGCCUGCACUUUUUCUUUUUCAUACCAACGAUUUUCCAAACUCCGGGCACCCACCUAAGCCCUGCUACUUUUCUCCAUACCGCUGUUUUCCUAUAUCUGAUGCUGAAUGCCCUGGGCAACUACACAAUGACGAUUAGACACCCAGCAGAGAGCGCGAAUGAAAACGUAAUACCGGUGUGUUCUCCAGAUUGCCCAGACCGGGUGGAUGCUCAUUACCUCCUGAACGGCCGACAUUUCUGCAAACUGUGCAAAAAAGUGAUUCUGAAAAGAGACCACCACUGUUUUUUCACGGGAAACUGUAUUGGCAACAGAAACAUGCGCUACUUCAUAAUGUUUUGCAUCUAUACGUCGUGCACCUGCCUGUAUUCUUUGGUUCUGGGAGUGGCUUAUCUCACGGUGGAGUAUUCAAUUUCAUUCGAAAACCCACUGACCUUCCUAACCCUAUUGCCGCUUUCCACUGGUUAUUUCUUCCUUGGGACCAUAUCAGGCCUGCAAUUCUUCCUGGUGCUGAUGCUGUACGUGUGGCUGGGCAUUGGUCUCACCUGCGCUGGCUUCUGCUGCCAGCAGGUCCUCCUGGUGGGUCGGGGCCAGACCUGGUGCCAGUUCCGACGGGGCCAGCUGGUGGAGGCCCCCACCUCCUGGAGGGCCAACCUAAGAGACGUCUUCGGCACCCGCUGGCUACUGGGGUUCUUCAUGCCAGUGCAGACAGUGGAAGCCACACCCAGUGAUGCCCACAAGCAUGACUGAGCCCCCGUGAUAUUUAGUUUGUCGUUCUCAAAGGCCUGUGCAACUCAUCUCACGCAUCGAUUUGUCCUGAAGCAUUUACAAGAGAACCAUUUCUAGAAAAAAUAAUAGCUUUUUUUGUCAUAUGAAAACAUGCAUUCCAGAACAUGAUGAUUUGAAGUAUUAUUAUCUAGGCUAUUAUUCUCUUGGUUAUUAUGUACUUCAUACUGCAUCACUGAUGUGACCUGGUGGGAAAGUCUGUGAUACCAGAUGAACCAUACCAUACCAUAGUAUGAUGUCAGCCAAAUUUGAUUUUCAGUAUAGCGUGGUGAAGUUAAAAUGAUACUGUCCUUUGUCUAUCACCAAACCUCAUGACCAACCUGUCUGACAAUGGUAUGAAUGUCAGAACAGCGAUGUAAUUACUGCUAAUUAACCUGUAUGUUCUUGAGGUGAGCCAGUAGGGUGUGUGACUCUGAGGCAGUUUAGGGUUAUUGUUGGUGAUGGUUCCGGAAAUUAUGAAAAGAAACUUGUGUUAAACUCAGUAUGAUAAUGCCUACGGGUGGUGAAUCCUACAAAAAGUACAAAAUAAGCACCAGGACAGAACUCCCAUUGAGAAAUUUUAAUUUAGGACAUGUAAAAUGAAAAAUUCUCAAAGUCCUGUCCUGGACCUUAUUGGUGAUGAAUUUGUCAAUACUGGCAGUGAAAGAGGAUGCCUUAUAAGUAAUUGAGUGGUUUUGUAAGUAUCACUACUAUUGAGUGAUAUUGAACUUAACACAAAGUAACCAUGAACUGCCGUAUUGUUCUUGCCUACAGUGUUACAAAGGACAGGCGGCAGUCUCAUUUUCUGUUUACUGUGCUGGAAUAUAUCAUUUUUAAUAAGGCAUCCCAGCACUCUCUGUUGCACAUGUUUAAUCAGUUCUUCCUUUCAUGUUUACUACUUAGUAUCAGCAAUCAAAGAAAAUAGUAUGUUAUUUUACAAACCGUAGCGGUAGCAAUUACCGUACAAAAUAUAUUGAUAUCCGGUUAUAAAUCAAGGAUUCAAUGUCCUUUACUGUGUCUGAAUCUGCUGGUGAAGCUUGCCUUUAACUUUCCUCUAUAAUCAGUAAUUUGUUUGACAAAACAUUAAUGUGUAAGUCUAAAAAUUAUCUUCAGGACAAAAAGUCUAAAAUAUUUUUUUUGUUUCGUAUUUCAGGGAUUACCAGUGUCCUUAUCGGGUAUAUCUUCAAACUAGAAGGGCUACUUUUCGGAAUGCUUAAAACAAAGUAUGAAAUCCGCGGGCGAUAGAGAUUUCUGGAAUACGAUGACCUAUAGCCGUGAUCACAGCAAGGUACAAGAAUGUAACUUUUCUACAACUUCAUCCUCAAACUUUCCAAGAGUGUGACAAAGAAUGUACAUUUUGGUAUGUUUAUAUGCGUACUCAUCUGUUAUGAGCCCCAGCUUUUAAGUGUGAUGAAUUGUUUUAACUAGUAUUUAUUUGGGAAAUAAGCAAUGGGGGCUAUGUCCAGGAAUUCGAAUAAGCUCAGUGUACUCCUAGAACACAAUGUACAGUGAUGGAGAAAAGGGGAGGGGGGAUAAUCCUUGUGGUGACUAUCCAAUGAACCUUUCUCUGGCCUUUUCCCUAUAAUCAGGGAGGAGGAAAUAAAAACCAUGUUCCACCUAAUUAAGAACAGGGCCUCUACACAAUCUACACACAUCCCAUGUCUUAAAUUAAUUAUGGGCUGCUUUGUUGUAGUUAGAGCCAACACAAAAAACAUUUCUGUGUAAUGACAUUAGUUCACAUAUACAGAAUUGUAUUCUGAGGUUUUGUAUGUGGACUACAUAGAUAUAUAUAUUCUUCAUAUAUAAAUGGUUUGUUUAAACUUAAUUUUACAAAACACAUUUUGGAUGCUGAGAGAAUACUUCCUCACUUGUCAAGGAAACAAAAGGUUUUUUUUCUGAACAUGCUUUGUACAACUGUGUACUUCUUUAACUGAUUCCAAUUAUUCCACUUAAACCAAUAAAAGUGUUCAAAAGCU